AUGGAUCCAGUUGAUGAACUCUACAAUAGACAAUUAAAAGUCUAUACUAGAGAGGGUCAGGAGAAGCUUGCCGCGGCAACAGUUCUUAUGAUUGGCUGUGGCGGCUUAGGAAGCACAGUCUCAUUAGUAUUAUCUAGAUCUGGUGUUGGUCACUUAGUUAUUGUUGAUAAGGAUACUGUUGCCAUGUCCAAUAUCCAUAGACAGAUCCUUUAUAACAGAGAAGACGUCGGAAAGUUGAAAGUUGAAGCAGCAGCUGCAAAUCCAUUGCUCCAGCUCUCUAAAGUUACACCAAUUAACACGCACAUCGAUGAAGCUGCCGCCAGUAAGCUUAUCGAAGAAUACAAACCAAUCGUUGUUAUGGACUGCACUGAUAAUUUCGAUGUAAGAAUCGCUGUUAAUGCUGCAUGUGCUAAGCACUCUGUUCCAUUUGUCUAUGGAUCAAUUACAGGUCUUAAUGGACAAGUUUCUGUCUUCUGUUACCAUGAAAAGGAUCCAAAUUGUCCAUGUUUCAAUUGCAUCCAUCCAGAAAAGCCAACACCACUUGAGGGCCCACCACCAGUUGUCCCAGGCAUCUGCACAAUUACAGGAACCUUCCAAGCUCAGCAGGCAAUAGCCAUUAUCACUGGAGUUGGUCAUAUCCUCGUGAAGGAGCUCUUUACGAUCGAUAUUGAUAGACUCAAGUUCAGAACAUUCAGAAUGAGAGAUAGAAACCCAGAUUGCCCUGUUUGUGGAAAGCAUAAAUAA